CACUCUCUCCACCAUCUCCUCCCAGCAACCUGCAUUUUCUCCUUCCUUGCUUUUUGCUGCCCCCCUAAUCUCCUAUACUAUACUCUCCUCUGCUUUCAUUUCCCACAUUCCAUUCCUCUCUUUAUUAUACACCUUCUUUCAACUACUUCUCUUUACUCACACACACACACUCUCUCUUUUGCUCUCAUCUCAUGGAUGCUACACUUGGUUUACUUGGUGGUGGUGGUGGUGGCAGUGUUGGUGGUUCUUCUGGGGCUUCUACAAAUGAGUCCACUGUGUCAAAAGUGGAGCAAGACUUUGUUGCCAUGUCUUCUGAGGCAUCUUCAUACCCACCUGAGGCUGAGCUUGAGUUGGGUCUUGGUCUCAGCCUUGGUAGUGGUGGUGCUAUGAAGGCUAAUAAGGGUUGUGCAUGGGGUGAGCGUGGUCGAAUCUUGACUGCCAAAGACUUCCCUUCUGUUGUCUCUCAUGCUUCUCGUUUCUCUGACAGAGCUAAUCCUGUUGCUUCUGUUGGUGCUGUUUCUGGAACCAAGAGAGCUGCUGACUCUGUUUCUCAAGAGGGUACUGGAUCUCCUCCUGGUGCCAGUCAGGUUGUGGGAUGGCCACCCAUAAGGGCUUAUAGAAUGAACAGCUUAGUUAAUCAAGCAAAGAGUCAAAGGGCUGAAGAAGAGAAGGAGAUUGAUGAAACAGACAAGUCCAAUGAUCCUUCAAAGAAGAAAAUUUAUACCAAGACUGAUACUGCGGCUAAGGAAAAAGGCCAACUUGGUUUUGUGAAGGUAAAUAUGGAUGGAGUUCCGAUAGGAAGGAAGGUUGAUUUGAAUGCUCAUUCAUGCUAUGAUUCUUUAGCCCAAAUGCUGGAAGACAUGUUUUUUAGAUCCACCACAACUGUCAAUUCAAGGGGUGGAGAGAAGGAACAAGUAACUCAGCCCUCUAAGCUUUUGGAUAGUUCAUCUGAAUUUGUGCUUACCUAUGAAGAUAAAGAGGGCGACUGGAUGCUUGUGGGAGAUGUUCCAUGGGGGAUGUUCCUCACCUCUGUGAAACGGCUUCGAAUCAUGAGAACCUCUGAGGCUAAUGGACUUGGAACAAGAUUUCAAGAAAGGAAUGAGAGACAAAGAAGCAAGCCCAUAUAAUAUCAAGGGCUGUCUGAUAAUUUUAAAUUUGGUCAGAUGAAGAAAGCCCACAGUUUGACUACAGAAGUUAAAGGAAAGUAGAAAAAAAAAAAA